AUGUAUGAGGGAUCCAACUUUUCUGCCCCCUCACCAGCAUUUCUUAUUAUCUGUAUUUCCAGAAACAGUCAUCCUAGUGAGAGAAAGCAGCAUCUCGUUGUGGUUUUGAUUUGCAUUGCCCUGAUGCCUAGUGAUGCUGGAUAUCUUUUCAGGGGCUUAUUUUUGAUGACAGUUGUUAUCAGAGAAAGUAUUAUUCUUGAGGAAGAGUUCUCAAGGUGCAAAGGUAGUGGGACUCAGAAACAUGAGAGUCUUUGUGCCAUUGUUUCAUUCAGGCCACAGAAUCGUAACAAGUCUCUAUUCCUUCCUACCAAGCUGUCUAUCUUAGAAUAUUAA